AUGGAAUCCUUCAGAGAGUUCGUUGCCAAUCAGGUUCUGGUUAAAUCUGGCGAGGGCUAUGCAGAUACCACCGAAGAUGGCUCCGCCAAUGGUACGGACGGACAGGGCACAAAUGAAGUCGAGAUUGGCAAGAACGCUCCUCACACCGUGGAGGUCAACAAGUCCAAUUCGGACGAGACGGAGAAGACACUGCCUCAGAAAUAUCCUCAGCUGUCAAAUAACCCCCCAGAAUCUCCACCUUUAGCACCAGGCCAAAGGCAGGUUGAGGAUGAUGAGGACGAAUUUGAUCUGUCCAAGUCCUUUCAACGCACAGCGAGCCCGUCUCCGACGGCACUGCAGCGUAAUAGGGGCGCACUGGUCAGCAAAGUGGGAGAAGAAGGCGUCAGCAAGAUGCACAAAUUUACUCUCCACGAGACCGCCAACUAUUACUACAUUGUUGGUUCAGACCUGCUCGACUCAGCCUUCCGGAUAUUGAAGAUCGAUCGGACUUCAGAACCUGGCGAGCUCAAUAUUACGGAAGACGACAUUGUGUACACCAAGAAGGAGACCCAACAGAUUCUCAGUGCCAUUGACGAAGGGAAUCGAGCGACGGGCGGGCUGAAGAUCAAAACCAGCUUCUGGGGCCUGCUCGGUUUCAUUCGCUUCACGGCCCAAUAUUACAUGUUGUAUGUCACCAAAAGGAGUCAAGUGGCCAUGAUCGGUGGCCAUUAUAUCUACCAGAUUGACAAGACGGAACUCAUGCCUUUGGUAACGGCGGCAUCUACGCGAACAAAGUCGGAUCGACACCUCGAAGAAACACGGUUUGUCGGUAUCCUGAACAACCUCGAUCUCACCAGGUCGUUCUAUUUUAGCUAUUCGUACGAUGUCACUCGAACGUUACAGCACAACAUCAUGCGAGAACGGCAAGCACUCCAGGAGGGACUGACGCAACCUCACAAGCCGGACCACAAUGAUAUGUUUGUCUGGAACCACCAUCUCUUGCAACCCGCCAAAGAAGUUCUCAAGAAUCCGUACGACUGGUGCUUAUCGGUGGUGCAUGGCUACGUCGACCAGAGCGCCUUGUCAGUGUAUUGGGGCCGGGUCGUUUAUGUGACGAUCAUCGCCCGUCGGUCGAGAUUCUUUGCCGGCGCCAGAUUCCUGAAGCGAGGUGCCAAUGACCUUGGAUACGUGGCCAACGAUGUGGAAACUGAGCAAAUCGUUUCCGAGAUGCUGACCACUUCAUUCCACGCCCCGGGUCCGGAGCUGUUCGCGAACAACAAAUAUACUUCCUACGUGCAGCACCGUGGCAGCAUCCCACUACAUUGGACUCAAGACAGCACAGGGGUCUCACCGAAACCUGAUAUUCAUCUUAACGUGGUGGACCCCUUCUUCAGUGCUGCUGCCCUUCACUUCGACAAUCUCUUCAAGCGGUACGGCACGCCCAUCUACGUGCUCAACCUGAUCAAGGCGCGCGAGCGCACCCCGAGAGAGUCCAAGCUGCUCAAAGAGUACACUCUCGCUGUCAACUAUCUCAACCAAUUCUUGCCCAAAGACAAGCAGAUUGUGUAUCAUGCCUGGGAUAUGAGUCGUGCAUCAAAGAGUAGAGAUCAAGAUGUCAUCGGCAGCCUUGAGGCAAUAGCGGAAGAUAUCCUCCCGCGGACGGGCUUCUUCCAGAAUGGCAGUGACGAGGAAUCGGGUCUCCGGCUUCAAACAGGUGUCGCAAGAACCAACUGCAUCGACUGUCUCGACCGGACCAACGCCGCGCAAUUUGUCAUUGCAAAGAAGGCUUUUGGUUAUCAACUUCAGGCGUUAGGAGUGAUUGAGCAUCCAUCGGUCGAGUACGACUCUGAUGCCGUGAACCUGUUCACCCACAUGUGGCACGACCAUGGCGACACGAUAGCCGUGCAGUAUGGUGGCUCACAUCUGGUCAACACUAUGGCCACCUACCGCAAGAUCAACCAGUGGACGAGCCAUUCGCGUGACAUGGUCGAGAGCUUCAAGCGCUACUACAACAACUCGUUCAUGGACGCCCAACGGCAGGAAGCGUACAACCUUUUCUUGGGAAACUACGUCUUUGCCCAGGGCCAGCCCAUGCUUUGGGACCUCACCACAGACUACUACUUGCACCACUCCGACCCGCGUUCGAUGUUUGGGAAACGGAGACCGAGUUAUCGGCACUGGUACACGGAUGAUUAUCUCGACCCGCCGCAAAUGCCACCGUCACUGUGGCCGCGUGAGCUGCGCGACCGACCGUUGUCGUAUUUCGAUGACUAUUGGGUCGAAUACUACCGCCCCCUCGCCAUCUCUUCAUUCCGGAAGCUCUUUCCUUUCAAGAUGCGCUCGAAUUUACAGUACAUCCCGAUCAGCUCGACGUCGGUGGGAAAAUACGACCUCAGCCCGUUUCGGGUGCGGACGGCGAAUGACAGCGACGGAGAAGGACAUGACAAAGGGCCAGGCACUCGGAAGGGUGUGAAGAUAAUUGCGCCGUCGGAUGAUACAACGUCCACGGUCGGAGGAGAAACGAUGCUGUCGUCCGCCGACGGACGUCUAAAACCGGCCACUCCUGCAGCAAUUGAGCCGACUCCGAAACCCAGCACUUUGGGGCCUUGGCUCGAUGCACAGCAGCAACUUCACAACGCCCUGAGAGGCCGCCGAUACACCGGGAUCAUCAAGGAGCCAUCCUUUGAAGUCCAGUCAACCUCGGUGCCUAAAAUUCCGAGACUGCCGACCACCACCAGUAGCGACCUGACUAACAGUUCUGUUCUACUGGGCCCGCCCACAAAAGCCGAACUGGCCCUUGAUGCCUUCACAUCCCUGAUUGAAAACUCUCUCAACCCGCAGGUGCGCCAGUUGGACGAGUAUCAGCGCUACGUCGCACACCCAUCGACCAUUCCGUUGGUGGUGUCCAGCGACAUUGACUACUCCUCGGCGCCACUCGAAUUCCUCGAGUACCUGUCCAAAACCACCUCUGACCCGGCCGAUCACAAGGUGCUCAGGCACUUCGACGACGAACGAGGUGCGGUGACUCUGACGAUGGAGGAGAGAGCUGAAGCCAGUAUUGAUGAGUAUUACGAGUACGUGGCGAGUGGGCAGGUGGAGGAACCGCUGACCGUGAAGGAAGAGGACGGCGGGAAGAAGCGGUACAAGGCGUAUAGGAAGUGGUUGAGGGGCAAGAGUCUGUUCAAACAGAGGCCCGUCGUUGGCGACGAGGUGUCAGGAAAUGCCGAUGGACCGGUCGUCGGGUAG